AUGCUGGACCGACAACAACCAAAGCUGGACCAUCAACUGCGUCUUGCACCAACGACUACCACAGCUGGCCCAACUACUACCACAACUACCCCAACAAUCACUACUGCUGGACCGACAACAACCACAGCUGGACCAACAACUACCACAACUGCCCCAACAACAACCACCGCUGAACCAACAACCACUACUGCUGUACCAACAACAACCACAGCUGAACCAACAACUACCAACGCUGGACCAACAUCCACUACUGCUGUACCAACAACAACCACAGCUUCCCCCACAACUACCACCGUCGGACUAACGACUACCACAGCUGCACCAAAAACUACCACAGCUGCCCCAACAACUACCACAGCUGCCCCAACAACUACCACAGCUGCCCUAACAACUACCUCCGCUGGAUCAACAACUACCACAGCUAGCCCAACUACCACUACAGCUGGACCAACAACAACAACAGCUGGAGCAACGAAAACCACAGCUGGACCUACAACUACUACAGCCAGCCCAACUACCACUACAACGGGACCAACAACAACCACAGCUGGACGAACAACUACAACAUCUGGCCCAACUACCGCAACAUCAAGCCCCACAACAAACACAGCUGCCCCAACAACUACCACAGCUACCCUAGCAACAACCACCACUGGACCAACAACUUCCACAGCUGGACCAACAACUACCACAGCUGGACCAACAACUACCACAGCUGGACCAACAACUACCACAGCUGGAACAACAACAACCACCGCUGCCCAAACGACUACCACAGCUGACCCAACAACUACAACCGCCGGACCAACAACCACUACUGCUGUACCAACAACAACCACAGCUGGCCAAACUACCACAACAUUAAGCCCCACAACAACCACCGCUGGACCAACAACAACGGAAGCUGGAACAACAACUACCACAGCUGCCCCAACAACUACCACAGCUACCCCAACAACUACCACAGCUGAAUCAACAACAACCACAGCUUCCCCAACGACUACCACACCUGCCCCAACAACAACCAAAGCUGGACAAACAACUACCACAGCUGGCCAAACUACCACAACAUUAAGCCCCACAACAACCACCGCUGGACCAACAACAACCGAAGCUGGAACAACAACUACCACAGCUGCCACAACAACUACCACAGCUACCCCAACAACAACCAAAGCUGGAUCAACAACUACCACAGCUGGAUCAACAACAACCACAGCUGCCCCAACGACUACCACACCUGCCCCAACAACAACCAAAGCUGGACAAACAACUACCACAGCUGGCCAAACUACCACAACAUUAAGCCCCACAACAACCACCGCUGGACCAACAACAACCGAAGCUGGAACAACAUCUACCACAGCUGCCCCAACAACUACCAAAAACAGUAAACCCAGUAGGAGGACAGCCAGCCGGAGUACAGACAACUACCACAGCUGCCCCAACAACUUCCAACGCUGGACCAACACCUUCCACAGUUGGACCAACAACUACCACAGCUGGACCAACUACAUCUGCUGGACCAACAAUAACCUUUGGCCAAACGACCACAAUAUCGAGCCCCACAACCAACAAAGCCACAGCUGGAUCAACAAAAACCACAACAGGACCAACAACUGCCACAGCUGGACCAACAACCACUAA